AUGAUUGAAAAAUACUAUGGUCAGAAAUUGAAAAAUCACAAAAACUAUAAUUUAAUUCUUCUGAAUUCCCAUCAUGUUCUCAAUGGAGUUAGGCCAGUUGUUCCUGGUUUAAUUGAAAUAGGAGGAAUACAUGUAAAUUCUACUAAAAACAAACUCCCACAGCAUAUCGAAAGAUUCAUAGAUGAAUCUGAUCAUGGAGUUAUUGUGUUCAGCCUAGGGGCACAAACGAAAUCCACAUCACUGUCUGGGAGGAAACAAAAUAUUCUUAUUAAUGUUUUUUCCAAACUGAAACAAAGAAUUAUUUGGAAGUACGCGGAAAGACAUGACAAGGUAAAGGCGGUAAUAUGUCACGGUGGAAAUUUGGGUAUGAUAGAAUCUAUUUUUGCUGGCAAGCCAAUGGUGGUUAUACCGAUUUUAGCAGAUCAAAGAUUAAAUGCAGUUGCAGCAAAAGAAGCAGGUGUUGCUGAAGUUUUGUCCUUACCUGACUUUGAUGAAGAAGAUUUAGAAAAAGCUAUAGAGAAUGUACUUAGCCAAGGGAUGCAAGAAAAAGCCAAGGAGGUGUCACAAGUUUGGCAUGAUCGGGAAAACUCUCCUUUACACACAGCUGUUUAUUGGACAGAAAGAGUUAUUAGAUGGGGACAUAAAUCACCCUUACAUUCACCAUCCAGAGAUAUGCCCUUGUAUCAAUAUCUUCUGUUAGAUGUCUUAGCAUUUAUUGUUUUGUUUGUAUCAAUAAUAAUAUUUUGUCUCGUAUUUAUGUCCAAAUGGAUAUUUUUGAAAAUGAAAACAACAUUCUGUACUUGA